GGACAGGGGACGCGGGGAGCGGCGGCUGCGGCGGCGGAGGGCGGGAGGCAGGAGGCGGAGGAGGAGGAGCAGGGGGAGGCGCGGGAUAAAGGAGCGCUCGCUGCUCCCGCUCGCUCUCCGGCGGGGCUGAGGGAGGCAUCAUGGCCGCGAAGUCGGACGGGCGGCGGAAGAUGAAGAAGGGCGGCGAGGUGGCGUUCACGCCGUUGCAGAACUCCGAGCACUCAGGCUCCGUGCAGGCGCUGGCCCCGGGGCUACCCGCCGGCGCCGGGCCGGGCGGCGGCAGCGACGACGACGAGGCGCCCGGGGGCGGGUGCUGCAGCGGCGGCGGGGACGGCUCGGGCGGCGGCUCCCGCUCCUGCUGCUGCUGCUGCUGCGGCGGCGGCAGAGGAGGAGACGGCGGCGGGGGCGGCGGUGGGGGUUCCCGGGGCUCGGGCGGAGGCUCGUCCUCCCUGUGCCUGCGCCUGGGCAGGGAGCAGCGGCGCUACUCACUGUGGGACUGCCUCUGGAUCCUGGCUGCCCUGGCCGUGUACUUCGCGGACGUGGGUACCGACAUCUGGCUGGCGGUCGACUACUACCUGCGGGGCCAGCGCUGGUGGUUCGGGCUCACGCUCUUCUUCGUGCUACUGGGCUCCCUCUCCGUGCAGGUCUUCAGCUUCCGCUGGUUCGCGCACGACUUCAGCACCGAGGACAGCGCCGCCGCCGCCGCCGGCCACUGCCCCGCCGCCGAGAGCAAGCUGCUGGUGAGCAGCGGCUCGGCCGCCGCGGACAUCGACGCCGCUCGUCCCUGCACGCCGCAGCGGCAGGCGUCCACCGCCAGCAAGAGCAACGCCACGAACAGCAGCAGCAACAGCAGCAGCAACGCUGCUGGCAGCGGCGCCGCCGGUCCCCGAGCCGGCGGCGGCAGGUCGGCGUCCUGCGCCUUCUGCAUCUGGCUCCUGCAGUCACUCGUCCACAUCCUGCAGCUCGGGCAGGUCUGGAGGUAUUUCCACACAAUAUACUUGGGUAUCCGGAGUCGACAGAGUGGAGAGAAUGACAGAUGGCGGUUUUAUUGGAAAAUGGUGUAUGAGUAUGCAGAUGUGAGUAUGCUGCAUUUGCUAGCCACGUUUCUGGAAAGCGCACCACAGCUGGUCCUGCAGCUCUGUAUUGUUGUACAGACUCGUACACUCCAGGCUCUCCAAGGUCUUACUGCUGCAGCAUCUCUCGUAUCCCUGGCUUGGGCUUUGGCCUCCUACCAAAAGGCCCUUCGUGACUCCCGUGAUGACAAGAAACCCAUCAGUUAUAUGGCUGUUAUAAUCCAGUUUUGCUGGCAUUUCUUCACAAUUGCAGCACGGGUCAUUACUUUUGCUUUGUUUGCCUCGGUUUUCCAGCUGUACUUUGGGAUCUUCAUCGUGCUGCACUGGUGCAUCAUGACCUUCUGGAUUGUCCACUGCGAGACAGAGUUUUGCAUCACUAAAUGGGAGGAGAUAGUUUUCGACAUGGUUGUUGGCAUAAUCUAUAUCUUCAGCUGGUUCAAUGUCAAGGAAGGAAGGACACGCUGUAGGCUUUUCAUUUACUAUUUUGUGAUCCUUUUAGAAAACACCGCCUUGAGUGCUCUCUGGUAUCUGUACAAGGCCCCACCGAUCUCUGAUGCAUUUGCCAUACCAGCACUGUGUGUAGUGUUCAGCAGCUUUUUAACAGGCAUUGUUUUUAUGCUCAUGUACUAUGCCUUCUUUCACCCCAAUGGACCAAGGUUUGGGCAGUCACCAAGCUGUGCUUGUGAGGACCCUGCCACUGCCUUCACCCUACCCCCCGAAGGGGCCACAAACACUCUACGGUCCAUCUCCAACAACCGGAGUGUCACAAGUGAGCGGGAUCAAAAAUUUGCAGAGAGAGAUGGGUGUGUGCCUGUGUUUCAGGUGAGACCCACCGCACCAUCCACACCUUCAUCCCGGCCACCAAGGAUUGAGGAGUCUGUCAUUAAAAUCGAUCUGUUCAGGAACAGGUACCCAGCAUGGGAGAGACAUGUGUUGGACAGGAGCCUGAGGAAGGCGAUCUUAGCGUUUGAAUGUUCCCCUGCUCCUCCACGGCUACAGUAUAAGGAUGAUGCUCUUAUCCAGGAGCGCUUGGAAUAUGAGACCACAUUGUAAACAAAACAGAAACACAGCUUGAAGAAGCUCUGAUUUUGCAGUCCAAAUUAAGGGUUGACAGUGGGGCUAUAGGAGUAACUGAACAGCAUACUACAAGUAGAGCAGCAAGCUGUAGUGUUCUUAGUCUGGUUAUCAUCAUGAUUAUCAUUUGAUCCACUGUGUGCAGUCUGUCUGCAGGACACUGAUACAGCAGCAUCAUCUGAAAGCCUCAAAAAAACCCAAACCCUGAACCACACAUACAGAUCAGUUACUUCAGCUGGGGAAACUCACCCACAACUCCUUGCUGCUAUGAAACUCUGACUGCACAGUACUUAAAAUCAAACUAGUAGGAAGGCUCUGACCAGAGCUUUCAGCUUUAGCCAGUAGUACAUUUUAUUUUAGAAAUGAAUGAUUGACAUUUGCAUAACCAAUGGCAAAAACAAACAAACAAAAGAAACCUUUUCAAAAAUAACAAAACUGUAGCAUUCAAUGUUGCUGUUGUGAAAACUGUUUUCUGGGGAAAAUAUAGGAGCACAGUAGUCUUCAACACUCCCAUAAAGCAACCAUCCAGGUUAGAACAGGUUUGCAAAAUAGUUUUUAAUUUAAAAGAUACAUUGUCAUGUUUGUAAGGCUGUCAAUGGAAAAUAAAUUAAAUUCUGUUGAAUUAGGUCAUAAACAUUAAUACUAUCAGAAUUGAUUUUUAAUUUCAAAGUCUUUUAAAAUGCAAUUUAAGUUAUUUAUGUUACUUUCAACACAAAUCCUAUGCAGCUCACUUCUGGUUUUCAGAAGAAAUACAGAGCUCUAGCACGUAGUGAUGUAAAUUAAAUGAUAAUCAUGAUUCAGUGUUCAAUUUGCAAAAAAAAAAAAAUUAGAAUAUAUAUAUAUAAAUGUAAAAGAAAGGGAAGUAUAGUAUAGUUUUUGUAUUCUAAACUUUUUGGAGGACCCCAUUCAGAUACUUCAGAAGAAACUAGGAGGAGAUGAACACACUAUAACUUCUCUGUUUCAGGACUGAGAAUGCAUGAUUCAGUGUGUGAAUGUAUGCAGGGGUGACAAGAGACUGUGACAUGCCAUACCCUUCUAGUGCCAAACAUUGUAAAUCUGCAAGGUUGAUAUCGCCUGAGGGACAGAUAACGAGUGGCACGAGCCCAACAGAACAAGAAGCAGGAAAGACCAAUCAAGUUCUCAACAUGCAGAGACAGCUCUGAUUUUUCCAACUCAAGGUGAAAGUGAUGUCUUUUAAAGGCUUUCAGCCACCUCUUAGUAAGUAUAUUCACCGAAGUAUGAUAUAAGCAAGUUUUGUGGAAGACUCCCUUCUGCCUGUUCAAGACUUAUACCCAGAUAUGUCUAAAAAUUAUGUUGAAUCUCUUGUAAUAGAGUGCUUGUGCUGCAAGCUUUUGGGUUUUAAAUACCUCCCUAAAUCUAGUCAACGGUAUCCUCCUUUAUGUUAAAAGUAUCCCCUGAUGGUGCUUUCAGAUGCAUUAAAGGUGCAAGUCAAAAUUUGAUAGUAUUUUUUUUUAAAGCUGGUGCAGAGUGAAAAACUCAUGAAUUAUUUCAAUAUUUUUGUAAAGUAAAAAUAUGGUAUAAAAAGGUUACUUUUUAUAAACCUCAAAUCUUUUAAUACAUUUCAUUCUCUUUAUAGCUUAGAUUUUAAGAAUUGGUCCAUGAAUUUUAUCAGCUGGCUUUUGCAGGUUGAUAUAAACCUGGUUUUCACACAUUAUGGAUUUGUUUUGCAGUGUAAUGCCAUAUGAAAGCCUACAUGGGUACUUUUAGAGUUCUCCAUAAACCGUGGAUGCUGCUUCGAAUGUAAGUGGCUUGUAAAGACACCAAGCAAUUCCAUAAAAAACAAUUUGCUAUAACUAUUUCCAUCCAUUUUAGGAGAGCGAAGCAGAACUGAAGAGUUUCUGUUGUAAAUGGCAUUGUCAGGAUGGAGAAGACCUGAUGAUUGGUAUUGUAAUUUCCACUGUCAAGUAUACCCAGUGUAGUAACUGCUGUAUAUGCUGCUGGAUAAAUUUCAGUCUUUCCUGUUAUUAAUAUUUGUACUAUGAAACAGCCAAGGUUGCACAGCCUAUGCUUAUUUGUAUGCAUUCAAUUAGCCAUUUUUAAUGUUGACUUUUUUUAUUAGUGAAAUGUUCGAUACCUGUUGUUCUUUGCUGGGGCAAGUUCCUCAAAAGAAAACAUCUGUGGAAGUGCAGGAAUCUGCAAGUCAGAGGGAACUUUACACAGAUCAGAAAACACCCAAGGGUUUCUUAGGUAUUUUCAAAUUAAGCAGUGGACAACUGCCUCUAUUAUAAUUUUUUUAAUAAAGUAAUUCUUUGAUAGUCCAAACCUGAAGCUUUGUACAAAGUGAUUGCCCUUUCUUCCAUGGAGAUAUAGCUGAUUACUCAGAGUUUUAUUCAGUUUUACUCAUGUUUUAUCAGAAAAUAUACCACUGCAAGAACUGCUAAAAAAAGAUUUUGGGAGCAAGUCCUUUGUCCUGUCAAAUUCAGUAAAGCCUUCACUCCAGAAUCAAACGCUUUACUACACAAGGGAAUUGCUGGUUUUCUUUACAAACAAGGCAAACAGUAAGCUUUGUAAUCCAAGAUGUGAGGGUUUCUUUUGGAAGCAGUUCGAUGUGUUUGCUGCUGCUUUAACAACUCAGAAAUUUGAGCAUGAGGGAGGCACAGCAGGCAGCUCUCUCAAGCCCUUUGGUCAGGGCUUACGGAACUGAAGAAACCUUGCUUCAUAUGGAAUGUAAAGGGCUACAGUCUGCACCUGUGCUUGCAUUUAAAGGUUUGCAAACAAGGUUUGGGGUGAGAUUCUUUUUUUGCUCUUGUUUGGUUUUGGAAGGAAGGACACAGAGGCGUUAUUUAUCCCUGUGAUUUUUAACAUACAGCAUUUACUCUCUUUAUUCUCUUUACUCUCCCAGCAUUUUUUUUUAAUAAUGUUUCUAAAUUUCUCUUAAGCAAACUACUGCAGUAGUGGCAGUACAUACACACAGCUUGUCUUCAGAAUCCAAUCCAGCUGUUUGAGGGAGGGGGAGAAGUCAUACUGAGUCAAAAUUUGCUCUCCAAAAUCUUACUCUGUUACAUUACAUACAGUGAUGCUUGUAUUGAGAACUGGAUGGCCAUUGGAAUCUUAACACUCAUAUAACUACAUGGACAGUUUCUUAAUUUGCUUUGCUGUCAACCGUCACAUUAAAAGGUGUAAGAAUUUUUUCUAGAAAUCGUCAAGAUUAAACACAGUCCAUGUCAAAAUUCCACGAUGGCCUUAUUAACAGUUAAUAAUAAAAAUGCACUGUUCUUUUUACCACAAUCAGUUUUAAAGUCAAUCAAGUUCAAUUAAGACAGCAGCAAUAGCAAAAAAAAAAAAAAAAAAAAAAAAAAAAAAAUUCUAAAAAAAAUUCACUUCCGUUUUUGAAAUAAUGAAAAAUUCAGGUCUUUUAAAUUCCUUUUCAGAAUACAGGAAAAUAAAAAAGUUCAUCAUUACAUUCUGGUAAAGAAAAACAAUCACAUCUCUUUGUUAGGAGCAAGAAUUAUGUCGGCAUUGUUCUAAUGAACAAAACAAACUUGCCGGCAGAUUUAGUGGUACUUUAUCUGGUUAAAGAUUUGGUCCUAAAAUUUUGAGACUUGCGGAUUUGUAUGUUACAGAAAAGACAAUUAAAGUAGUAUUCACUACUUUAAUUAGAUAAAGAAGAGAUAACGUGUACCCAUGUUCAUUCAGAAAACAUAUAAGAAAAUGUAAGAUAAACAUUUGUCUUAUUUUAGAAGAAAAGUUAUUUGUUCUAUAACAGAAUAAGCUUUUUUUUUUUAGAAAAAAAAAAAACUGAAUUAUAUGGAAAUAUGUGCAAUACUUUUUUUUUUCCCCUGCAGGUUUAAUGAUGAAAAAACUCAUUUCCACUUUUGUUUAAAUAUGCUUCUUGUGCUAGAACAAUGUGUCUGUGCUUGGGUUAUAUGGGUUUGAUGGCAUAUAAACACUAUUUGCAUUGGCAAAUCAAGGAAUUUCCUAUUAAUUCAUUUCUGUAACACUGGAGAAGAUUUUAGUUACAAAACUAAAUGCUAGGCCUCAGCUGCCUGAUUUUGUAAACUUUUAAGCAGAGGAAGUAAAUUAAUGUUUUAAUUGGAUCUGCAAUUUUUAACAUGUGGUGAAUAGCUAUUAAACCCAAAUUUGUUUAAAACAUGUGACAGUCUGGCCAAUAUAUCAUUGUCUCCCCAAAAGAGCAACUCAUGAGUGGUGCUAAAAAUACAAGUGCUGCUUUAUUUGAAAAAAGACUCCUAAUCACACAAUAUAUUCAUUUACUCUUUAUUGGCCAGCAAAUAUUCACAACUAGCCUAUUGGUUUUUUUAGAGCCGAAAUUAAACAAUUUUGAAGUGUUUGUUAUUUGAUCAUACAACUCCUUGAGAGCCUUAAAAGUGGCUCUGUAUGGAGUUUUAGUUGUCUCUGCUAGUGAUUCUGCUCCCAAAGCCGCUGCCCUUUCUCUGCUCUGUCCCUGAGGUUGUGCAGUCCGAAGUGACUGAGAUUGUGAUUUACUCUGCACACCCUUCACUGCCUGCACAACGCCAAGGAAAAGACUUCAGCAGAUUGCUGGGGUCCUGCUGCUGCCUCUCUUGCUCCUGUGCAGGGUGGGAAGCAGAGUAAAUUGCAUUUGUGCAUUCAUCUAAACAAGCUUCUUUGGUUGCGUCCCUGCAAGGGGUGUGUGAUGAAAAUAAUCUCAACACGUGUCCAUGAAUUUACAAACCCAACACUGUAAUUACUAAUUCUGUAGUAUAACAAUGCAGAAUGUAGGAAGAAUUGUCUAAAUACACAAUAAGCCAUUUAGUUUUGCUAAUUGUAGCAAUUAAACUAGCUUGCAUGAAGCCCGUGCUCUCAGCAGAAAGCCAAAUGGAGUAAGUGGCAAACAGCCAUUUAUAUACCAGAGACAUUACAUUAUGAAACCAUCCCUUGAUUGUUUAUAGAACUAUGUCUUUUCGUUACGGCAUUGAAUUCAUUCCUCUUUAUUCUGAUAAAACAGAUGAAGUGCAAAAUGAGAACAGAUUCUUUAAAAUCUGGGAAUUUAAAAAAAAAAAACAACAACAAACAAACAAAACUGGAACUCACAGAUAGUGUUUUUUUGAAAUAAAUUCCAUCAUCGUUUUUGCUUGACUGCAAAUUGCUGAGUGGUCUGCUUCUGAGAUGAUUUCUCACAUCUGGUACAAGCAGAUUUCAUAUACAGAAGAGACAGGGAUGACCUUGUAAAACUUUGCUCAUGUAGGUUAGGGGAAAAGUGUCACUGGUGUGUAGAUGGCUUGCAAAGGUUUUUCAACAUCUGAGGGGUCCCCUGGGAGCAUUUGUUUUAUCAUAGUGAACUCAGUGCAGGUGUUUGGUGGGAUUUCUUUGCUUACACUGGUAUGAAUAUGAGAAAAUCGGGCACUGGACUUUGAGAGAAUACUUGCAUGAAUUCAGACCACCACAGUGAAAUUCUCCACUUCCUAGUUCCUAACUGAAGUGAGCUGGAGAUCUGUUUCAUACCAAAAAGCCUGGAUGUCACUUGGCUCAAUCAGAAAUGCAUACUCUAAACUUAGUGCCAACUCAGCAUGAAUCAAAACAUUUUUCCUUCUUUCCUUUUUAGUUCAAACAUAUAACCGUAUUGACUAAGUUGCCAUAUUGUGAUCCUUUUAAGAAGGUGGAAAAAUGUCUAUGAAACCAGUCAUUUCCAGUGAUUCUUACAAAACCCAAUUGCUGCCCAGUGCAUUCAUUAAAAGGAACUUUUUCUAAACACAUAAGCUUGGCUCCUGUGCUUAGGUUUUGUUCUGAAUGCUUAGCAUCCAAUUCUUAUGCAGAGGAUCUUAUAUACUCAUUAAUAACCCAUGUGCCUGCUCUGAAACCUGAAGCAAAGAGGACAGAUAUGUAAAACACAGGGGAAAAAGUCCUCUUCCGCACAUAUAUGGGAUGAUUUGCAUGAGCUAGAGAGGUAAGGGAGAAUUUUGUGUAUAAUUACAACAGAGCUGUAUCCGUUGAUAGAGAUUUACAAGAAAAUAUGAGAUAAGUGGCCAAAUAAUGGACCAAACCUAAACUUCUACAUGCAAGGCACUGUAAAAAUAAAAACAGUAAAGAAACAUUAAAGUGUAACCAAAAACCUGGUUUCCAGGACUGGUUUGGAUAAAUUAAAAAUGUGGGGGAUUUGUCAGUGUAACUAGAUGCUACAUCCAUAGAAAGAAAGACAUGACUGCUAUGGGUACAAAUGUUUUCUGUAUCUGUAGAUUUCAGCCAUCUUUGAAAGCAAUGGUGUCUGCAUCUUAUGGGGAUGCCGUAGUCCUAGGCAUUCUACCAACUUUUCUACACAAGAUCUGUUCUGUUGCAGGAAAGUCAACGUCCUUUUAACAAAGCAUUGAGUUUGGGUUGGUUUGGGGUUGGUUUUGGCUUUGGUUUUGUUUUUUGCACUGAACUAAAUCUCACAAAAGCAUUUUUAGUAUGAAACAGGUGUGUCCGUUCAGCCACCUAGUGUGUAAAAGGUACUGCAAGACAGAAUUUCACUGAUAAAUUAUUUCCUGAAGGUAAAAAAAAGCUGCUAGUUGAAUGUCUAGAGGAGCCUUUGGAGAUGUAAGGUAGCACUAAGGCAAGCUGUAGGCUGUGUUUGGGUGCUACGACUCUGCUCAGGGCAAGGCCUGGUCAUAGUCCAGCACUCUCUCCCCCACCUCAUGCACCAAAGAGCCCACAGAGAGGACAGCGGUGUGCAUGGGCUGGACAAAAGCCACAACACAUGGAGACCAGAUAUCUGGCAUGCUGCGGCACAUGCACAGAAGUCAGCACAAGCAUAUCAGGGGCCUCAGGCUAAUAAUGUGAUCCUCUAAACUGCACUAACCAGGAGCUCCUGAACUUUUUAUGCUAGACAUUCAAACACCUAAAGUUUGCUCCUGAACUUGGUCAGAAACACCUUGGUCUUCACAGUACCGAGUAGCUCAGCUCCUAUUUUCUACCUAAGCCUGCCAGGAUCCCUUGAGCAGGUAUUCUUCUGCCUAUCUUACCUGAAGGACUCAGGUCCUCUGGGGUGCUAUCAAAGGGAGCUUUGCACAGAAAUACUCAUAACUGCUUUUCCAGCAGUAGAUUUGUGGCAAGCAAAGACCAAGGGCAAGCCAGUUACCAGUUAUCUCUUGAGCUAGCAAUGAUUCAUAUCUCUAACUACUAUCUCUCAGGGGAAGGCUAUAGGGCUGCACACUACUGAGGAGGAGGGCAUCAUCCUUUCCUCUGAUUUUGAGGCUGUUCUUCCUCUUUGUAGAAAAUGUAGAGGUUAUUCUGUGCAACACAGACAUGUUUCUAGUAUUUUGAUGUGUUCGAUUCCCUUAGUGUUGAGGACUCUGAAGUUGUUGCACAUGUCCAGUGCCAUUACUUGCGUCCAGCCAGAGUAACAUCAAUAAUACAAUAAAAUUUGGGGCAGAUGUAACAUCACUCUGCUCACCUUCCAACCUGACCGAAAGCUGUAUGAACAUGGUUAGCACUGUGACAAAACCUGAGUCUCUACAUGUUGCCUUGAAUCAGGUCUAGUAAUACACUCUGUGCUACUCUGGCCACGUUCACCUGGUUUCUUGUUGGAGCUCAGGAAGACUUUGUGUGUGCACCAGAGCUACACCUUGUGGCUUCUCCACAGUUCCCUGAGCCCAUGAUGCAUUCCCUUUGCGAUCCCAGUUCUUUUGCUGAACAAAGAUCAGUUUGGGCAAAGCAAAAGGCAAACAGGCUGUAUGCUGUCUUGUGAAGCAUGUGGAGCAGACAUGGUUUCUCAGGAUCGUACAUUUGAACCACAGCUGGGUGCAAAUUGCCCAGGUUAUGGUAAAUGUACAAACUAAGUUUAGUGCCCACAGUUCAGAGCAUGCUAGAAAACAUAUUCUUUGUGAGAGAGUUUGUUUUCAUUUGUUUGUUUGUUUGUUUGUUUUCUUAUAAUAAAAAUAGCAGGAUCGUGUCUCAUACUUGUGAGCAAAUUUGCAGUAUCAAAUGCAUUUAUGUAUAUAUACAUACAUGUGUGUGUGUGUAUACACAUGACAAUGAGUCCUGAGAUUUUAUUAGGAUUCAAUCUCAGAGUUAAUUUAAAUUCUAAGUCUGAAAAAAAAAGCAUCAGGAGCAUUGUCAUCAAGGGUAAUCAAGAGAUAACGGAAAAAAGAAAAUAACAUUAUUGGAAAACACAUUCUAGUCAUUAUUGGAGACAGCUUUGCAAUGUAUUAUGCCAGUACUUUAAUGAAAACUUGUUGAGAAAAUAUGUCUAAUGCUAGAUUUCACAAUGUUAAAUGUUUGGGUAAAAGAACAGAGUGGGGAAAAAAUAUUUGUACAAAAUAAAUAAGCAUUUAUCACAUUUUGUUAAUCAAGGGGGAAAACAGACAAAUGACAAAGGCAUCAAUUAAACCUUUGUUUCAUUUAAUGUUGGUUGUAUUUGUUUCACUGACUAUCAGUUAUCAAUGUCAGUAGUUUAUGAAGGAAAUUGCCUGCAAUAAUUAGGGUGGUUUACUUGAAUUUUUACUGAAGAACACUAAAGAGGGUUUGUUAUCCAACACAUGCAGUUGCCUGAUACAUGCUGUCAGAAGGGAAGAUUUGCUAGUUCAUGGAUUAUGCACUGAAGAUAAAUUUCAAAUGCAGGUAUUUGAAAACAACACCCAUGUCAAUUUAAAUGAAUGAUGCAUACACAGGAGCUAUUUCUGUAAUUUUAAUUACUUAUGCUUUUUUCAGUAUGUGUUCAGCAUUAUUAUCUGCAUAUCCCAGAUUUUUUCUUAGACUAUAUUUGAUAAGAACUCAUUUUAGAUUUUAUGAAGCUGGAGAAAAGAUUACUAGCGAGUGAAUGCACUUGCUGCACUGAAGUUCAAGUUUAUGUCUUGAGUUCCUGAUCUGCACCACCAUUCAGCAUUAAGGGCAGCAUUUGAAAAAUACACUAGCUUUCCAACAGGAUCCGAAUUACGGACAGAUAAAUUUAUAAUUGUUGCAGUGACUGGUCAGACAAUGGUAGUAGCUACAGAGGGAAAGUUCAGGAGCAGUUACUAAUGACUCCCAGCAUCUUUCUCUGCAUUCCCAUUUUGAGACACACAUAGCCUUCCUGUCAGCCAGUGUCCACAUGUGCUGGGACCAAUCUCAGCACCAGCACCAUGGGCAUUUGCUCUUGAAAGUUGGCUGCUCAUUUCCAGCUCCAGUUCCUGCUGGGUUAUCGGGCUGGCUCACGGGAGAUAUUUCACUGAGAACACUUUAGCCAUCAGUGAGAUUGCCACACCGACCUGGGCAGGAUUCAGCCUUCAGACAGCAUUGUACAGACAAUGAAAAAUCUUCCUUUGUCAGCAGAGAGGGCAGCUGCCACUAUUUAUAGUUGCAAAGUGCCAGCAUAUUGUCGUGUAUUUGCUGCUGUUAUCGAUUCCUCCUUUUUUAUUGUAUUGGAACAGCUUGGAACUUGUCAAGCUUUGCUAAGAUUGAUUUGCAGCUAAUUAAUUCAACAGACAUUUUUAAUCGUGCAAAUUUGUGACUUGUAAUACAGUAAUCAAGCUCCCGUGAGCAAACAUUAAUCAAGGGGGGGGGAAAGAAAGUCAUUGUUAACUGUAUUCAUUGUGGUGCUCACAUUGGAAAGAGAGAUCCAGAAAAAAUGAAACAUUAGUAAAUUCAUCCUAGCAAAGCUUUCAUCAUUCAUCUUAUGAAUCAUUCAUCCCUUUGAUUUGUUUUGUACAUGCAAGGCGUUGUAUUUAAAAGUGGAUUGCUGGGAUUGAGACAGCUCUAGUUACUGCCAAGGGGAACUGGCCAAAUUUCUUGCCAGUCAUCUACUCCCUCAUCAACCAAAAAGUCAUUCUACCCAGGAGCAGUACAAUUUCAUUUCUGUGAUAACUUUGCUGGUUGUGGAACAGUUUGUCCUGGAGAAAUUACAGUAACAAAACACUUACUCCAUUUUGCAAUAGAACGAAGAACUGAAUGAAUGAGUGGAGAUUCUAUUUCACUGGUUGCUUUCAGCACAGGGGUAGAUUUUACCUACUUUGAGGUGAAACAGAAGGCAAAAAAAAAAAUCUAAUGUUGCCUACACCAAACCUGAUCUCUGAAUAAUGAUCAGCAAAGCAUUUAAGUCCUUUCAUAAGCAGGAAGAAUGUAGGUCAGCAAACCUGCAGUUUACAAAAAUUACUAGGAACAGUGGGUAAAUUAAUAUUUACCCCUCUCUGGUACUGGGAUGAACAUAGUUGCAGCAACACAGAACUUGACAGAAGCUCACAGCUUGACUGCUAGAAUCAUAGAAUAGUUUAGGUUGGAAAAGAUUUUUAAGAUCAUCAGGUGCAACCAUGUCCCUAAGCACCUCAUCUACAUGUCUUUUGAACACCUCCAGGGUUGGUGACUCAACCACUUCUCUGGGCAGCCUGUUCCAAUGACUGAAAACAAUGUUUGUGAAAAACUGCCAAUUUGAAUAUUCCCUGGUGCAAUUUGAGGCCAUUUCCUCUUGUCCUAUCGCUCAUUACUUAGGAGAAGAGACCAUCACCCACCUCACUACAACCUCCUUUCAGGUAGCUGUAGACAGCAAUCCUCAGCCUCCUUUUCUCCAGGCUAAACAGUCCCAGAUGACUCAGCUGCUCCUCAUCAGACAUGUUCUCCAGACCCCUCAUCAUCUUUGUUGCCCUUCUCUGAACUCUCUCCAGCACUUCAAUGUCUUUCUUAUGAUGAGGGGCCCAAAACUGAACACAGGAUUCAAGGUGGGGCCUCACCAGCACCGAGUACAGUGGCACUAUCACUUCUCUAGUCCUGCUGGCCAAACUAUUCCUGAUACAGGCCAGGAUGCUGUUGGACUUCUUGGCCACCUGGGCACACUGCUGGCUCGUGUCCAGCCACAUGUCAACCAAUACCCCCAGAUCCUUUUCCAAUGGCCACCUUUCCAGCCACUCUUCCCACUCCUCCUAGUACCAAGCUUUCAAGCAGGGGGAUGUCUCAGCCUCCUCCAGUCCAUCUGCCCAGGAUGCACGUGUAUGUACGUCAAUGACUAAUCUGUACAUAUCUCAUAUUGUGGAAGAAUCUCCAGUGGUAAGCUUAGCAGGGAGGCCACAGAUCAAAAAGACAUGAAGGCAAAGAAAUUAUUCCUUCAGUCAGGAUUAAGAGAUGUUUGUGAAACACCAUGGAAAAGCUGCCCCUGCUGUUUCAGUAGAUAAAAGGAGGAGCAGACUCUUUAAAUAGAAAAAGGAAAAAGAAAAAAAAAAGGAAAAAAAAAAAGAAAAAAGAAAAAGCUUACUUAAUGCCAAAAUACUAUUUAUGGUGCAAUUACUCUCUCCUCUGGGAAAGAUUUUGACUGAAAAUUUCUAGAUGUAUUACAAACCAACUGGAAUACAUGGACACAGUGAAAGAUACUUCUUAGAUAUAACUUUGUUCCUACUGACAAGAUUUGUUUAUUAGCAAUAAGAUAUAAAGGUGUCUCAAACUAAAGCCUAGGAGACAAGGAUUUUAUAUGGCAGUUAUGCCAGUGAUUGUUAAAUUUAGAAAACAUAGAUUAUAGGUCAAGGAAGUUUUUUUAAAUUAUUUUCUUUACAGAGGAUAAAUCUCAGAUGGCUUCCACAGAAAAAAAAAAAAAAACAAAAAACAAAACAAAAGGUUUAAAAUAAGCUCAGAAGACAGGCUUUUCUUUAUCUGAAAUAUUAUAGGCUUGGUGUUGUUCAAGUGCUUGUGCAUUUUCUCAUGCUCUUGGUUUCUCAUGCAAUACACCCAUAAGCAAAUAGUGGAUUUGUAAGCACGUGUUCCUUCAAUGCUAAUAGUCCUCACAUCAGCUUGUUCCUGCAUAGCUGAGGAGCACAUACAUGGCAGGGGGAGAUGGGUACAUUUGUAAAGCUGUAGAGCAAGACAAAAGUAGAGAAGUAGAUGAUGUGGUAGAAGCCUUAUUAUAAUUAGGGCACAGGUGUGAAUCUUUAAAGCAGGUGAGCCCUCAUAGUAUUUAUUCAUGUAUUCAUAGGUAAUCUGUCACUCAGCUCAUCAUGAAAAUCAUGACUGAACAACUUUGAACCAUAUUAUCAGUUAUCAAUUUUUGCUUGUUUAGAAGCAGGAUCAGUAUCAGCCUGAUUUCAGCAGAAAUCACUAUGAGGCAUCCAUAGCCUCAUGCAUGAUCUGUAGGUGUAGUAUGUCAUGACUGGCCUGUUUUCUUCAAAGAUCUGUUCAAACAAGUCUGCAAAAUAUACUAGAAACUGUUCUGAUUUUUUUUCCUUGCUCUCAUUUUCCUCCUAUGCUUAUGAGUCUCAUAUGCAAACCCCACUGAUGAGAGAAGACAACACUCAGGUUAUCUGACAGAUUUCUUUUUUUCUUCAUGGAAUAGUACAAAACCCAAAAAUUUCUUCUGCAUAACACCUGGCUGUUGAGAUAACCUCUAUAGUUAGAGAAGAAAAAGCAAGUUAAAGAUGCAAACACUGAAGUAAUUUUAUCUAGUGCAAAGCAGGAAUAUUUUUAAUGAUGGCUGUCACAUUUUGCUGCUCAACUGAUCUUACGUCAUCAUUCCAAAAAGCCUUGGUAUAUGCUUAUAGCAACCAAGAAGUAAAUAUCUUUUGUUUCAGAGAUUAUUUCUGACUCACAGAACAGCCACUAACUGGGGAUCAUGUUGGAUUAGCAAGCACAGAUCUGCUGUACCACUGUAGUUCUUCUUUAACAGGACUGCAGUUCCUUUAAAUCAAUUCCCAUUGAUUCACAAGGACAGAAACUGUCCACUGUGUACUUUGUUCUACUUCAGGGGACAGAUAUUUUGCUGUCUAUUCUGUGGGUUGUGUAUUAUUAACAAGCUAAUGUUUAUCCUAACAAAUGAGCAUCACUGUAUUUUCCUGCAGGUGCUGUUCCUUGUAUAAAGCUGUCUCUACAGUGGAAGCUGGCUCUGUUCUUCUUCCCGUCCUUGCUUACCUGCAUUUUUAAUCAAACCCUAAUUUAAUGAUUGCUAUUUAUCAUGCUGCAGAGUCGUGCAAAACCCUGUUUGACUUCUGGAUUUGACCCGUAGCAUUAGCAAAUGGAAGAGUCAUCUUCUCUCUGUAAGCCCAAUGUUAUGGAAAUGGUACCCACUGCGAUACAAUAAACAGUUCCUUACCAUGCUGAUUUGAUAGUAAUUUUCCAGAGUAUAGCUGUGCUUUAAAACUUUGUACAGCUCUCUGCAAUCCUAUUUUAUUUAGGGGAAAAAAAAAUAAAACAAACGAAAAAUAAAACCAAUUUUAAUUGUUCUUCCACAGUAUAUAGUAUUCUCUCAAAAUUUGCAAUGUGCGAGGAGCAUGUCAGUUAAUUCAUAUUGGACAUUCCAAAUGGAUUCCUACAAAAGCUCUUAAUAAAACCAGUCAUAAUUAAAAAGAGAGUAUCCUUCAUUCUUUACAGCAAAAUGGAUACUCAGAUAAGGCUAACUAAUUUGUGUGUGUUUCCACCCUUCAUCUCUUAGGAUACAGAACUCAAAGUUUAUUUUCAGACUGACUGGUGAAUUUUAUUUGGUUUUGGGGAAAUGUGUGCAAAAGUGUUUCUAGGCUGUUAGUAAAACAGGUGAGCCUUCCAAAGCAAUUUCAUGUGAGGCAAAUGAUCCUAAAAGACAGAUUUGGUAACAGUUGUGCUUAUAAAAGCUUCUUGAAUUGAUCUACAGCUAAGCAAAAACAAAAAAAGAAACCAAAAGAUGCUUUUAAAGAACUGACAGAGAAAUUCUGCCUGGUGAACAUGUCAGUAAGUCAUUCUUCCACCAGCGCUGGACAAGAGCAUUUAUUAUACUGGGAUAUGCUUUGAUUACAGGUAGUUUAAAAUCAUAAAGAGCUUCCCUGAAGGUUUGCUGUAGGAAAUGGAUUACUUUCUUUUGCCUUCAAUGGAGUCCAAUAAGCCCCAGGAGUAAGCACAUGGGCAUUUUGCUUUUAAAUUUCAUAAUGCCUCUCUAAGUGAAAUUUAUUUUUAAGGAAUCUCUUUUUAUAACUAUUUUACAGCUCACUUGAACUUUACUAUCAAGUUAAACUGUCAGUCAUUUUGUACGCAAUACUGAUUAGGCUAAGUCAAUGAAAAUGUCUGAGGAAGGAAUAUCAGGCUUUGUAUUAAAAAAAAAACAGUCCACUGGAAAUAAUACUAAAGCAUUUCUGUUACAGGUCCUUCAAUUCUGCUAGUCACUGGAUAAGUCCAAGAUAGUCAUCUGGAUUCCAGGAUAAAUUUAAAUAAUUGUUUAAAUUUUCAAAUGGCUUGUUACUAUAUUAAUAAUAUUUUAAUAUUUUCUAUUUUUAAAAGUAUCCUUUAAGCAAUAUAUUUUAAUUUCAAUAAAAUUCUUUCUGUAAAGCCUCAGUCACUGGGCAUUAGGACAGCAGGGCAAAAAGUGGAGAAGUUGCAGUGGCAAAAUUUUACCCUAAGCUCAGACAAGAGUCCCCCUGUUUUUCCCACUAUCCUGCCACCCCAGCCCUCCACGGCACUUGCCUGUCAUGCUUUCACCACUGAAACCUCUGAAAAUGGAUCUAGAGUUUAAAUCCUGACAAUCCUUAUUGCAGUCUUUAGUGCCAGGUCACACAAAGAAGGGACAGAGGCACCUCAGUGGCAUGAGGGUAGGAUCAGGCAGGUGCAGGUGGAUCCUCUUUUGUUCCAGUUCCUCCAGCAGUUGUCAAUGACACAGCUGCACUGGUGAUGUGGAAAGAGGGAAACUGCUGCUUCUUGGGGCAGAUGUUGCCUGUAAGCACUAAGACUUGUGGAUUGUUACUUGUAGCACAUCCUUGUGGAAAGGAAAGGUGGCAAAUAAUAGUGUGAUGCAGCGAAGAGCAUGCCUACAUACAUCAAAUACCCACAAUGCCAAAACACUGAAACAUCAAGCUGGAUGCCUAGGUUUUAGGGAUUAGUGCCAAGAACACAAAUAAAUUUAUUAGCUGAUGCAAUGCAGUCCUCAAAAAUGCAGUUUGUAGUUUUCUGUCCUUUGCAAACUGAUAUGCAAAGGGAAAAAAAUAAGAAGAUUGCCUUUACUGUGGUUUCACGUGUAGAAAAAGAUUUUUACAUGUUUCAAAGGUGUGCCUUUUAGCAUCUUUGUAUUUUGUGAAACAAGGCCUGAAAAAUACUUAUCCCCCCUUCAAAAUCAGAUUAUCUCUUUCUCCUUAGGUUUAUAUAAAACUAUAAAGCCUUGACUUCUCUGAGAACAUGAGAUUCUCACAGCCCUACUGCCUCCCCCUGAAAAAAAAUCUGAGCAAUUGAUCAGGAACUCCUGACAAAAAUUUUGGGGGAAGAUGCAAUACCACACCACUCCAAGAAAUCUCAUUACUACAGUUUUCUAGUAUUCUGCUUAGACCUGUGGCAAGAAGAGGAAAAAUGAAAGGCCGUGACGUGCAGGAUAUGCAAGUGUAAUCGGCAAUUCCCAGUGGCUCUGCCACCGUACUACAUAGGUUCAGCACACUGUGGACAUCAGUGACUCCUCAUUUUGGGCUGCCAGAGACGAAGCUGGCCGAAAUCACACAUCACUUUUGAAAAUCAUAAUAAAAAUGCAGGGAGUUUAGAAAGGUAAAAUUAAGCAAAAACCAUGGAGUUUCAGGAUUUCAUCGUUUAAUAGGAAACAAAAAGAUGGCACGAAUACAUAUUUUCUCUUUUGUAAGUUGUAUGUAAACUAUAUGCACACACUUCAACAGUACAAACCCUAUGAUUUCAUGGGCAAAUAAAAAAAAAAGACAACACCAAAACCAUUUCAUUUUGUGAUGCUCCCAGUUGUGAUUUCUUCAUGUCAGGUGCCUAGUGCAGAGUUCAUGGUAACAAAUUGCAUGUGCCCAUGUUGUGACCAUCAAAAGGGGGAUUUAACAGUAAAACUUAGAAGAGCCAGCACAUCGGACGUUCAGUAAUGGGGUGUAUUAGGUGAUCGUUAGCGAAGAUAGGAACACAUCUCCAAAUUUGUCUGUCUCCUAGAAGUAGCCUAUUUUUUGUGAAAUUCAUUCCCAGAGCCUGAAGUCCCUUCUCGCACCUGCACACUCAAAUUGCGCCUUUUGGUAGAGAAAUCUGCCCACUCCUCCUCCUAGGCAAGAAUGGAAGGGAAAGAUGGGGCUCUGUGAGCAUGAAGCAAGCUAAAUCCUUGCUCAUCCUGAGUGGACUCAAGCCAACACUUUCUUGGGGACUGUCUUGUCUGCAGGAGGGGGAACACCAUCCCUCUGUCUGUAUGAGAAAAGGUCACCAUGGGGGCUGAAAUGCAGUGGUGUUGGGUGUGGGCAGGAACUUCCCAAGAAGAGCUGUGACUCUGUGGUCCAAGGUGGAGGCUGAUCCUCUCUUUGGGGACUACUCAGCGUUCAGGGCCCCUGUCUAGGCUGGGUGUUCACACGUUGCAGAAACAUUCACAUGGGUCAUCCCCACCAUAUGGGCACAUCCCGCAUGGAUCCAGACAUGUGGGUACAUCCCAGGCAGGCUCACAAGGCAUCUAUCCGAUCAGUCCCUGGGACGUGUAAGCAUGGGGACCCCUGGCCCUAUGACACUCAGGUGGCCUUGGUGGAGGAUGGGUGUGUAGAAGUUCACCCAAGCUGAGAUGGUGGUGCCUCUAGGCAUAUGUGGUGGUGCAUCUUCAGGCACUCACAGUGUAUUUCUGCCUUCCAGGAGCUGCAGUCCCAGAGGUAGAUCAGAUCUCAUGUGAUGCCUAAUGAAAAGUAAAUUACUUCCUAAUACUAUAAAUAGCCUGUAAUAAAAAUGCACAUGCAAAUAGACUCAAAUACUUGAAAUUCAAAUCCCAGUAGUAUACUCUGUGUUCAUUCCUAUGUUACUAUUACUAAAAUAAUUCUUUUUUUUCCGGAAAUCAUAAAGUUUCCCGCUAUAAGUCGUUGCAUGAUAUAAAACUAAUCCAAAAUGAGUGGAUUUUUACUAUAUAUGUCCUGAGUUUAGUUUUUCAGUUAUUUUUCGUAAAUGCAUUUUACAUCUAACUACCUCAGCUGCUUUGUGUUUUGUUUUGGCGCAUAUGAAGUCAUGCACUUUCUAUAUUUGGGGAUUGGGGGGAGUUGUUGUUUCCAUUUUGAAUAACCAGGUUCAAAGCCAUGUUGAUCAAUUUAUAGAGCAGUUCAAUUUAACAAGACAUAAUUAUUGACAGUUGCAGAUCAUACAUUUUAUUUUUAGGUUCUGUUGGGGUAUAGUUUAACAAAAAACACCAUAAGCUGCUUAUUAAUUUGCCUUAAAAACGUGCGCUCUUUCCUAUUCAAGUUGUGUUAUUUAACUCUUCUCUUGUACACAAUUUAUUUGACAAAGACUAACAGUUGGCAGACAAACAGCAAAUUGUCAGAAUGGACCAAUAGUUUCUCAGUUCUCUGUUGUAAACUGUUGCAUUAUACACUGAUUGUGCUAAAAUAAUUGUUACUGUGCUUAUACUCUUUAGUCACUGUUGCGGAAAUAAAGUGAUGGAAGAUCACAUUUGUGCUUAUGAAACAGUGUAGAUAUCCCCCAGUACAGGCACAGUGACUUGAGGUGAAUGAUAAUCAUUGCAGAACUUGUGCUUUGACUUGUAAACAUUGUAAAAAUGUAUUUGGUAUUUUAUUUGAAAUGAAGAAUCAAAAUAGUUAUUAAAAAAAAAAAAAAAAAAAGAAGAAGAAAUCUUCCUGUAAAUAUAUAUAUUCUGAAUCCAUGUAUACAAACAUUCCUUUAGAGUUCAGAUUGUGAAGAGUGUCUUUAUUGGCUAGAGACCGCUGUCUCCCGUGGCAGAGGUUACAUGUGCUAUAGUAAAGAACACAGUGUGUGAAGUAUUUGAUGUACUGCAGUACCAUAGUUCUUUUGGUCUGUUAAGUAAGUUGCAAUUUGUGAUGAAAUGAAGUUGAAAGUAGUGCUUCAUACUAACAAAUUUCCUUGGUUACAACUUGAUUUUUCUUGUAAAACUUAAAAGGAAAACUUGAAAAUUUUAUAUAUUUGGAUUUUGUAGAUUUUUUUUAUUUUAUUGCAACACAAGGUACCAAAAUCAUUAAAUAAAGUACACUGUGGUCAUUU